AUGGCCGCUACGUCCAGUCAGUCUGUCUAUCGGGCCACCACGACCGCCCCUGUCAACAUUGCUGUUAUCAAGUACUGGGGAAAGCGUGAUACUACUCUCAACCUCCCAACCAACUCAUCGCUCUCUGUGACCCUCUCACAACGCUCGCUUCGUACCCUCACCACCGCCUCUUGCUCCUCGAUCUACCCCGCCGAGGAUACCCUGAACUUGAAUGGCAAGCCACAGGACAUUCAAUCCUCCAAGCGAACCCUAGCUUGCUUCUUCCCCCUCCGUAUCGUCUCCGAAAACAACUUCCCCACUGCCGCUGGCCUUGCUAGCUCCGCUGCUGGGUUCGCUGCGCUCGUCCGAGCGGUGGCUGAUCUUUACCAGCUUCCUCAAUCACCGAAUGAGCUCAGUCGCAUCGCCCGACAGGGAUCUGGCUCCGCGUGUCGAUCGCUGAUGGGGGGAUAUGUCGCAUGGCGCACCGGUGAACUUGCGGAUGGCAGCGACAGCCUCGCAGAGGAAGUCGCCCCUGCUUCUCAUUGGCCCGAGAUGCGGGCUCUGGUCCUCGUUGUUAGCGCCGAAAAGAAGGAUGUGCCCAGUACCGAGGGUAUGCAAACUACUGUGAACACCUCAGACCUGUUUGCCACUCGUGCCCAAUCCGUUGUGCCGGAGCGUAUGAGCGCCAUCGAGGCCGCUAUCCAAGCGCGCGACUUUCCCAAGUUCGCAGAGAUCACCAUGCGUGACUCCAACACUUUCCACGCUACUUGCCUCGAUUCUUGGCCCCCAAUUUUCUACAUGAACGAUGUUUCCCGUGCUGCCGUCCGCCUCGUUCAUGACAUUAACACUGCUGUUGGCAAGACUGUUGCUGCGUACACCUUCGAUGCUGGCCCAAAUGCUGUGAUCUACUACGAGGAGAAGGACUCAGAGCUGGUCGCUGGAACCGUCAAGGCUAUUCUGGGUGCCAACACUAUCGGCUGGGAAGGCGCCUUCUAUGAAAGAUUGGCCAAUGUCACUGCGCCUGGUGUCGCUCUCGACAAGAUUGAUUCGCGUGUUCUUGACGUCUUGAAGAAUGGCGUGAGCCGUGUCAUCCUGACCGGAAGUGGGAGAAGGACCCAUCUCUGUCGAGGACCACCUCGUCUCAGAGUCUGGUGA